GUUGAUUACAGACUUGUGGGAAUAACUUCAACCCGCCAUUGUUGGUCACGUUUGGCUGGAAAACAUAAACUUUAUGGUCAGUUAGGAAAUAAAUAUUAAUUCUGCCUAAUCAGAUGGCUUACUGACAUAUCGUCCGAAGUAAAUUUAUCCACAAUAAGAGAUUUUGACACCAUGGCUCAAGAUACUUUAUCAGGCGGGAAUAACAGUUAUCCCGGAGUAACAAGUCCGAUUAGUUUGGCAGAACCAAAGCAAGCUGAUUUGGAACUGAGCGAUAAAUUGGAAGAGGCUCUUCGCCCUCAUGGAGUGUUUGAAAGUGAAGCCGAAAUGGCACACAGGAUGGAAGUCCUUGCUCGAAUCAAUGAGCUUGUAAGAGAGUGGAUCAAGGAUGUCAGCAGACAAAAGAACAAUAUCCCCGAGAGCAAGAUCAAUACAUUUGGAGGCAUGGUGUUCACAUUUGGAUCUUACAGACUAGGUGUUAAUACAAAAGGUGCUGACAUUGACACUUUGUGUGUGGCUCCUCGCCAUGUUGAACGGUCAGACUUUUUCAAAUCUUUUGUGGAGCUUUUGAAGGCACAACCAGAGGUGAAGGACUUGCGGGCCGUAGAAGAGGCCUUUGUUCCUGUCAUCAAAAUGACAUAUGAUGGAAUUGAGCUGGAUAUGCUGUUUGCUCGUCUGGCGCUUCCAACCAUUCCUGAUGAUAUAGAUCUUCGCCAUGAGAUGUAUCUCAAAAACCUGGAUGAAAAAAGUGUCCGUAGCCUAAAUGGUUGUCGAGUGACUGACGAGAUCUUGCACUUGGUGCCAAACAAGGAGAAUUUCAGAAUGACAUUACGAGCAAUAAAACUGUGGGCAAAGAAAAAGGGUGUGUAUUCUAAUGUCCUGGGUUACCUGGGUGGUGUGUCAUGGGCUAUGCUGGUUGCACGCGUCUGCCAGCUGUAUCCAAACGCGGCACCUGCAACACUGGUCCACAGAUUCUUUCUGGUCCUUUCCAAAUGGGAUUGGCCCAAUCCUGUUUUACUGAAACCACUAGACACAGAGAAUAAGUUAGGUUUUCCUGUCUGGGAUUCAAGGGUUAACCCAGCUGACCGUUUUCAUCUUAUGCCUAUUAUUACUCCAGCCUAUCCACAACAGAACUCAACAUACAAUGUCACCAAUUCAACUCGCACUAUAAUCACUGACGAAUUUCAAGAAGGACUGGAUGUAGUUACAAGGAUAUAUGAGCAAAGGGAGGAAUGGACAACAUUAUUUGAACCAUCAGACUUUUUUCACAAAUAUAGACAUUACAUCGUUUUAAAAGCCAGUGCAGAAGAAAAAGAUCAUUAUUUGGAAUGGAAAGGCUAUGUGGAAUCAAAGAUUCGUUUAUUAGUUGGCAAUUUGGAGAGGAACCCUUAUAUCAAGCUUGCACAUGUGAUGCCUGAAGCAUAUGGGCCUGUCAAUGAAAGUGAAGGACAGUACAUGUGUAAAUGGUUCAUUGGACUGGUGUUCCAUGCUCAGACUUUAAACAGUCAGACAGCAAAUGUAGAUCUCACAUAUGACAUACAAUCCUUCUCGGAUGUUGUACAUAAAACAGCCAUUCACAUUAACUUAUUCAAAGAUGGUAUGAAAGUGGAGAUUACAUACCUUCGAAAGAAACAGCUUGCACAGUACGUACCAGCUCAAAUCUUGCAGCAAGGAAAGCCUAAAAGAAAGGAAGGAACCACGGGCCAGUGGGGGUGGAGACAUACAGCGAACCAACAUAGAUCGUUCUGGAGGUGCAAGAUCUGAGGGAAUGGAUUCUAGCCAACAACCUGGUGUGUCCACAGUGGAGGAUGAUGAAACGUCUCAGGAGUCUCAACAUUUGGUUCUUGAUGGUACAGCCAGUGGCACUAAUGUCACAGAGUCAAACAGUAGUGCAGACCAUAUGAACUGGACAGCAACAGACAACACUUCAAGCAAUGCAGCCUCUAGCAGUGACCGCCUUACAAUAAAGGAGACAGAGCAGGAUACGCUGAGUUCUUCAGAUGGUUCAGAUAUGGCAUCAAAACGUCCAGGGUCCCCUUUUUCUGCCACCACACCACCUAAACGACCCAAGGACGGUGAUUCUCGGUCCGCCUCCCCUAUGCAGGUAGAUGACAAACCAGCAGGUUCCAGCAACAGCCUUCCCAAUGCAAAUGAAGUUGUAAAACAGCACACACCAGAUUUAACAGAUGGUUUAUCAUCUUCAUCCGUGCUUGCACCUAGCAUUCAUCUUCCUGUGAGCAAGACUUCUCCAAGCGAUGACCUUCCAGAUCUGUCAAGUCCACAGACCUCUGUUCCAACCUCAAGUUUUAUGCCACUCAAGAACUCUAUCAAGCUCAAACUGAAAUGAGCGUGAGUGUACCUUGACCAGCUUGACAAAAUAAUGUGCUUGAGAAAACUGGAUGGAACAGUUUCUCUUUCUUGAGAUUUUCUGGAUCUGUUGCAGGGAGAGAUACCAGACAGCAGCUGUGGGAGGGUUCUAUGCUGUUUUAAGAGAAAAAUGUUCCAUUUUUACAUGUUCAUGUGAAUAGACAUCUGUAAGAGUGGGAAUGUUUGGGUGGGUGUUUUGUGUUGGGCAAUGAAUAAGGGUGUAUUUGUGUGCUUGUAUGGGUAUACAUGUACCUGUAAUGCUGACACAUGAAAUGAUAUCCAGGGAGAUCAUCCUGCAUAAGAGAGAUGCUUACACUAGGAACACUGGUGUAAGGAAAAUUUAGUUUCAUUUAUGUGAUUCAGGGGCAGCUAGGCAUGUUUUUCACACCCCUUAAUAGUUUUUUAUUAGGAAAAUAAGAUGAUUUAUCAUUGCAAAGCUUUGCAGUACUUUAAGAGGAGAUCGUACAAGAAGCAACCAUUAUCAUAUCUGUUUUGACAUUGCCUGUAAACAAAAACAUGGUGAUGACACUAUUGUAACAACUUUGAGGCUGCUUCAAAGUAUCAAUAAUGUAUUUCAUACUAAACAAAGAUUGCUUUUGCAGAUCAAGUAGCAAAAUACUAAGAAAAUAAUCACAUUAAGUAAACAUUUGUGCAUUUAAAAUAGUUUUAUUGUUGUUGAGACUAAUUUUUUUUUUUUUUUGAGUUACUUGAAUGUGAGCUGAGCAGGUGCAGAGAUGUAAUAAUUGCACAGGGGAUAAUGUACUCAUAAGGUGUAUAUUGAUGGUGUUGAAUUGGAAAUAGUAGGUGUGGUCUAAAAGGGAAAAAAAUGUUUAAAAUGCUUAAAAGCAUAAGACCUUUUCUCUCUCUUCUGAGAAAGUUUUAUCAUUGAAGGUUUGUUUCUCAGAUGUGUUGAAACAAUGAAUUGAAAUUUCUUGAGUGAAAAUUCACUGGCCAGAUAUGAUAAGCAUUUGAUUUAUUCCCCUCUCCCGAUCUUCCCAUGGAUGUUCCUGAUGGGAUGAUUGUACACCACUAGUUGUACCCCAGUUUAUUGUGCCCUGAAUUUUUCAGCUGACCAAUUGCACUUUUUAGCUGUCAUUAUUUCUGGAUAUGUCCCUGUUGGUGGUUUGUUAACCACUAAGGGAACUGUGUAUUGUUAAGAUGUUUACGUUUAAAGCUGUAAAUGUUUAAAAAGGACUUGCUUACAAGUCGUCUUUUGCUGAAGCCCAUUUGUCAAACUCCUAUAUGUGUUGUGAAUUGUUAACAUAUUCACCUGCAAAGCUGUCAAAGCUGAGUGGAGAGGAGAACUUGCUUCAACAUUUACAUUUUGCAUGGAUGUUGAAUUUAGGGUUUUCCUUCUCCAGGAAGUGGCAGCUUCAUAAUUUUCAUACCUUGUGGAGCUUUCUGGUUUUCAUGUUAGUAUUUUUCAUUAGUCACUGUGAGAGUGCCCUUGAUUUAACACUUUUAUAUGAAUUGUUGGUCCAGUUCCUCUCGCAUCUUGCAAAGAAAUUUGAUCGUAAGAAACUGAGACAGUACUGCUGCUUAAUUACGCAUAAAUUAAUGCAGUAAAUCUUCAGGUUCCAGCAGUAAUGUUUCACUCUUCUUCUCAGGAGUCACUGUUUAUUAAGUUGCAUUGUUUGCUUAAGGUGCGAGAAGUAAUCACAUUUCAUCUUUAGAUUUAGAAAUAAUAGUUGUUCCAUUUUUAUUUGAUCCUCCUUUAUCUCUUUUUGUUUGUAAAUAUGUUCAUAAAAUUAGUUUACAGCUGGGCUGAAUUGAAAGAGAUUUAAGGUAUCCAAAGAACUUUUUUUAAAUGAAGGCAGGGUCUGCUGCAGGCCCCUGUUUCCCAUUAUUUCUGCAUUAAAUCAUUUUUUUAGAGGAACGGAAGCAUUAUCUUUUUGCGUAAUUGUUGUCCAAGACCCUAAUAGAGAAAUUAGAUAAAUAUUUUGUACCAAUAGUUCCUUCAUCCUUUCACAGAAGUACACUUAAACAAAUUAUUUCAUCUGCCAUUGUAAGUAUCAUUAUCAGACAGACAAUAUGUAAAUGUGUACAGGAAGUAAGAAAAAAAAAAGGUGCGCUUGGCAAAUCUGCAUUUAUUUGUCACUUUUCAAAAUGAAGAAAAAAGGUUGUUGAGUAAGUUUUGCAUUGUGUCUGCAUAAAGCUGCCAUACAAAUCCUUAUGUAAACCAACAGGUAGAAGUUCUCUUCGGUAUUUGUUCUUUUCACCAUGAGCUUAUGGUUGAGCUCUGGAAAUGAUUAUAGUUUUAUAUUUCAUUUCAUUAUUGAGAAGGUCACACUUGUAUCACAUCAAAUUAUGCUAAGCUCAGUACAAAGAAAAUAAUUGCUGGAUCUUUAAGGUUGUUGAGAAAGUACUUAGUUUGCAUAUAAAAAUGUUUACUGAUUUGUUCUUGGUACUGUGAUGCUUCUGUCAAGCACCAGUGAACACAUGUAACUUUAAGGUUGUCAUCUUGACGCUGACGUUGAUACUCUACUGCAUAGAACAUUGGUUAUAAAGAAAAAAACAACAUAAUGUUAUAUCGCAGGUGAAAAAAUUUCACGCAGUUGUAGAUUAAAUGUGCAAAAAUCAACCUUUCCUACCAGAAUCCCUCUUUGACAUAUUACUCUUUAGCAGAAUGAAAAGAAAUUAGUUAUAUGAAAUGGUUUAUCAAAUGUUGUAACAAAAAUAUUUCUCUACACAACGUUCUCUGGACUUGAUAUUCAUUGAUUUCUAUGUCGGUUUGUUCAUUUUCCUUUUCAUGUUAAAUUGCCAUUUGCACUAGUUAAGGAAGGCUAUUCAAUUCAAAAAUGUUAAGCUAAAGAUGUGUAGAGUUACAUCACAUUAUUCUAACUUUUUGCCCUGAAGAUUAUUGAUUUUAGUAGGCAUGAAACAAUGUCUGACACAGACCAAAGCACAAGUCAAAUAGACUUAAGAACAUUUAUGCCUUAUGCUGAAUGUAUUAAUCCACUGGUAUCAUUUUUAAAAAUUAUUUUUAAAUGGAUGGAAGAUGAACACUCGUGUCAUUGAAAAUCGAAAAACUUUUGCUUUAUGGUGUUUCUAAUGAGGGAGCUUUAAAAUAGUUUUUCAGUAUUUUACUUAAUUCACCUUCUAACUGUAGGAUGAGACAAAUUUCCAAACUUCUAACCAACAUAAUUGGCUUCUAUUUUGUGCUAUUUUUGUUUGGUGUGGGGUGCAGUUUCUUGUGGAGAAUGUUGAUACAGAAAUGUUGCCUAAUGUACAGCAAGCAUUGGUGAUGAGGCACAGGAGGACAACAGACAGUGCAGUGGAUGAAAAACAGGUAGUUUUCUUUGUUUUCCCAGACAUAAAUAUUUGACUUGGUACUGUGUAUGAUGUGACUGAAAACAACACUUGACGGGGAAAAUGCUGAGAAAAAUGAUAAAUAUUCAACCGAAAUGGAAAGCCCUUACUGAUUCCUUGUCAGUUUAUGAUUUCUGAUUUUUUUUUUCCCAAAGGGGAUACUCCUCUGUUUGGUUUAUAUGCAGCAGUAAGAGCAUGCAACACAUCAGCAAGCUGAAAUACAACUACAAAGAAAAAAAAAUGGAAAAUAAAAAAAAAAAAAGAAAAGGGGGAGAAAAGCA